AUGAAGGAAAAAUCCAAGAACGCGGCGAAGACAAGGCGGGAAAAGGAAAAUGGAGAAUUCUACGAACUGGCCAAGCUCCUGCCGCUGCCCUCGGCCAUCACCUCGCAGCUGGACAAGGCGUCCAUCAUCCGCCUCACCACCAGCUACCUGAAGAUGCGAGCCGUCUUUCCCGAAGGUCUGGGCGACGCCUGGGGACAGCCGAGCAGGAUUGGGCCCUUGGACAACGUGGCCAAGGAGCUCGGAUCCCACUUGCUUCAGACUUUGGAUGGCUUUGUUUUUGUGGUGGCUUCAGACGGCAAAAUAAUGUACAUCUCAGAAACAGCGUCAGUACAUCUUGGCUUAUCUCAGGUGGAGCUUACUGGUAAUAGCAUUUAUGAGUAUAUACAUCCUUCCGACCACGAUGAGAUGACGGCUGUUCUUACUGCUCACCAGCCUCUUCAUCCUCACCUCUUACAAGAAUAUGAAAUUGAGAGAUCAUUUUUCCUGAGAAUGAAGUGUGUCCUAGCCAAGAGGAAUGCAGGAUUGACAUGCAGUGGCUACAAGGUAAUCCACUGCAGUGGCUAUUUGAAGAUACGGCAGUAUAUGCUCGACAUGUCUUUGUAUGAUUCCUGUUACCAAAUCGUUGGACUGGUGGCUGUAGGUCAAUCUUUACCUCCCAGUGCAAUCACUGAGAUCAAACUUCAUAGCAACAUGUUUAUGUUCAGAGCAAGUUUGGACUUAAAGUUAAUAUUCUUAGAUUCCAGAGUGACUGAAUUAACUGGAUAUGAACCCCAAGAUCUGAUAGAAAAAACCCUCUAUCACCAUGUUCAUGGCUGUGAUGUGUUCCAUUUACGAUAUGCUCAUCAUCUCUUGUUGGUGAAAGGCCAAGUAACAACCAAGUACUAUCGACUACUGUCCAAACAAGGAGGCUGGGUUUGGGUACAGAGCUACGCUACCAUUGUGCAUAACAGCCGUUCAUCACGGCCUCACUGCAUAGUGAGUGUCAAUUAUGUCCUUACAGAUAUUGAGUAUAAGGAACUUCAGUUGUCACUGGACCAGGUUACCAUUUCUAAGUCACAGUUUUCAUGCAGAAACUCAGUAUCUACCUCGCAGGAAACACGGAAAAUAGUAAAACCCAAAAGUAAUAAAAUGAAGGCAAAGCUCAGAACAACGCCUUACCCACAACAGCAAUACAGCUCAUUCCAAACAGACAAACUGGAAUGCAGCCAGGUGGGAAGCUGGCGAUCCAGCCCUGCAGUGAACGCUGCCACCAUUCAAGAACAAAACUUUCAUUCAGAAAACAGUGAACUUUUGUAUGCCCCGUCAUACAGCUUGCCUUUCUCUUACCAUUAUGGACACUUCCCUGUAGACUCUCAUGUCUUCAGCAGCAAAAAGCAAAUGCUGCCUUCUAAGUUUGGGCAGUCUCAAGGAGCACCUUGUGAAGUGGCUCGAUUUUUCUUGAGUACGCUGCAGACAAAUGGAGAAUGCCAGUGGCAUUACGCCAACUCCUUGGUACCCAACAGCCAGUCACCAUCCAAAAAUCUUCCUGAGCAGCCAGUGAACAUCAUCCGACAUAAUCUUGGACAGAGUUACGAAGUGCCCGUAUCAAGCAGGAGAUACAACCAAGAUGCUCUCUCAGACAGCUUUACAAGUUGCACAGCACCCAUGCCAGGCAGCAGAUACAAAGAAGAGAUUUAUGAUUCCAGCAUCAUGAAACCCAGCAAAAUAGAAAACAGGAUUCAGCCACCUCACCAACUCAUUAAAGAAGAAAACAAGUUAGCUUUUAACAGAGACCUACAAGAAAAAAUGAGCAUUAAUGAAAGUUCUUUUUCAAACUCAGUUGCUAACUCCUUGCUGCCAAAAUCAGAAUGUUUCCAGUCUAAAGCUUUAGGACAAUUAAGUCAUCUCCUACCUGUGCCCUCAGUGUAUGAACAAACAAGACGGAUUUGUAUGAAAGAACCCAAAUACGGGCAUAUUAGUCACCAUGCUACAAGCCUAAAUGAACUGGACAGUGAUGAGAGAAUGACUGUAAAGCUUGAUCAUGACUCUGAAAGCGAGCGUGUGAUGGAUGUAAGAUCCUCUGGACAAGUUCCAUUUGUGCUUCUAAAUUAUCACCAUGUUUUAGCCAAACAUGGUACAUUUCAAACUUCAUCAUGUACAGCAACGGGACACGUAGGAGAAAAUUAUGGAUACAAUUCUGAGGAAGUAAAUACGUUUAUGUACAAAAACCAAAGUCCCUCAUCAGCUUCUUCUCCAGAAACCCACAAGGAAACGGCACUACCCCAUUAUAUUGGAACUUCUGUAAUAAUAGCCAAUGGAAGGUGACAGUAGUAGGAGAGUAUUUACAUUUAAUUAAGAAGCCAAACCGUAAUGAUUUCCAAAAAGCAUGAGAAAACAUGGUUACAUUUACUGAGCACAGCUGAAGGUCAAUGAGGGACAGACUUGCGUGUUCCUGGCAAGACAUGUGUGACAGUACCUUCAAGGUGAGGAAAAAAAGAAUACAUCUAGCUUCAGUGCUUUGUUGGCAAAGCUUAAGCUCUGGUGCCAGUGAGAAGAUUUGUUGCAGAUCUUAUUUUUGUUAUAGUGUGCAACAAAAUUAAAUGAUAGGUGUUAUAUGCAGAGGUUUAUAUGAAGAACAUUUUUUUCCCUUAACCCUUCCUUCUCAAAACACAUUCAAGAUUUUUUUUUUUUUUUUUUUUUUGUUAUCACUAUCAUAAACUAUACACUCUAGCUUAGGUAUUUUUGACAAAGUGUGAAACCCUACAUCAGCUAUCCAUCCAUGAGUUACACGUCCCAACAAAUGAACUUUGUUUAAAGAGUGGUCAUUUUUAUGUAUCCAUAAUACAGUUGUACUAAUCAAACAGAACUAAGUUUGUAACAUGCUUAUUUAUUAAUUAUUCAAAUGUUUUUUUUCAGUAUUCAGAAAUUUUUACCACCACCAUUUAACAAGUAACAAUAUCGUGACAAAUUAAUACCUAAAAAGGGAUGUAUUAGAAGGUUACAGGUCUUGUCAUGGUGAAUUGGCAUCAAUCACACAGCAGGAGCUAAAGAUAUUCCCCAAUAAAAACACUGUAAUAAGAAAAAGAAACUUCUAAAAAGUGAAUUUUGCUCAAUAUUUUGGGGUAAGGCCAUGUUGUUUUUCAAACCAGCUAGACAAAAAUACAUCUUAAUCUUAGCACCAGAAAUGUUCCCUUUAUUGUGAAGGGGGUGAUGAACAUUUAAGCACGAUUUUAAAAUUAUUUGUAGCCUUCUGAAUUUGGAAAAGUUCAGCUCUUAACACACUGCACUUCCUUAAGCAUAAAUCUCAUUGUCAACACGAAGGUAAGAUUCAUUAUUUGACUGAUUCAUGCACUUCACAAAUUAUGUCAAUGGACAAUCUGAGUAAAAAAAAUGUCCGAAGCCAUUGCACAACCACAAGAAGCAAGAUUGCACUGGAAGUAGAGCAGGGUACCUCAGCGUUUUGAAAUGAACACUUUGCACACAUCUCAGUUAGUCCAAUAAACUAGAAAGUAGAAGGCAUACGCCAUGCAUUUAAAUUUUGUCCAGUCUACUAGGAACAGAUUCCCCCUUUCUUCACUUCUCUGUAAAGUUUGCAAACCAGGAAAUAAGGAGACGUACGGAUCUGUGAAUGUUUUACUGAUGGGUCUGUCCAGUUUGUCUUUCAGUCACUUCCCCAAACAGUCUUCACGCGCUUUUGACAAAACAAUGAACGCUCCCCGUGUAGUAGGUGUAAAUACCAACACUGAAGGCCGUUGUAGAUCUAAGUCAGCUGUAUUUAGCUUUGUUUCUUCACCCCAUUCAAGUUUACACUUUAGAAGCUUUCUCUCUCUUAUAGACUCUCUAGAAAAAGAACUUUGCUAAAGAAAAUGCUUACCUGGCUUGUGCAAUAUGGAAAAAUACUUGCUCAUGGAUUGCACCUUGGCAGAGGAAAA